AAAAGUGCCUGCAGCGGCGCGGGGUUCCCCAGGUGGGGCUGCUCCGGGCUUUUCUCUCCCCUCCUCCUUCUCUUGCUCUCCUCCCUUUCUCCCUGGCCGCUUUCCCUCCUUUGUGGCCUCAUCCAGAGCGCUCAGCCCCCCUCCCACGCUUCCUCCUCUCCGCUCCGGGGACAGAAACCCGGGCUUUUUCCUGUCUCCCGGCCGCAGGGCAGCACAGCGGGCUCUCCCCGUGCCGGCGGCCGCUCCGCUCCCUCUCGUCCACCCACAUGGGUGUCGCGCGGGGCCCCCCCUCCGCUCGGCGGGCGGCGGCGGCGGCUCUCCCCGAGCCCCAGUCCCGGCCUCGGCGCGCGUAGCGCGGCGCCCUCCCGCUCUGAUUCAUUUGUUGUUGUUGUGCUCCCUCCCUCUCUCCUCUCCUCUCCCUCUCCCUCUCCCUCCUCUUUCUGAACUUUCGUCGCCGCGGCCGCUUGGCGGGCGAAGACUUUCCGCGCCGGGGACGCCCAGCUUCUCUCCCUCCAGCCCGCCGUCCCCGGUCGCGAUGCCGUUCCCCCUGCGGACCCUGGAGCCUCUGAAGCUGUGCAGGUUGGAGGAAGGCGACGGCGCGGAGCGGGGCGGCCCGGCGCCGGGGGACCACGCCGGAGCGGCCGAAGGGGGCGGCGGGCGGCGGCGCGGCGCGGUGCCGCAGUUCGGGGCGCUGGAACAGGUCAGCUCGUACGCGCUGGUAUCGCUGCUUAUGCAGCUCUCCGACCUGUCCCGCUGCGCCGGAGACAUCUUCGGAGGGAUCCUGAGCGAGGCGGACACGCUGUGCCACCGCAACGCCCGGCUCCAGCGCCGCCUGGGAGCCCUCGAAGCUCUGCUCGCACGCCUGGACCACCGCAAAGUGAAGAUCCCUGUUUCCAACUUAGACGAAGAGAGCAGAUGGACUGUCCAUUACACUGCUCCGUGGCACCAGCAGGAAAAUGUGUUCCUGCCUUCUUCAAGACCACCUUGUGUGGAGGACUUGCACCGGCAAGCAAAGCUGAACCUCAAGUCAGUACUGAGAGAGUGUGACAAGCUGCGGAGAGAUGGCUAUCGGAGCUCUCAGUAUUACUCUCAGGGCCCCACCUUCUCCUCAUCCUCCAGUGCAAUCUGUGGAAGUUACCAGGAUGAUUAUGAAGAAAUUGAACAAAAGUCUAGUCUGUUAGACUGCAUCUCUCAGUCUUGCAUUAGCGCCUGCUGUAACUUGGUUCCCCGGAGCAACAAGUGUUCUGUCUCUUCCCCAGAAGAAGAAAAGCUUAUCACCAUCAAAAGACCUAAAACCCCAGUUUCAAGUGAGUUAUCAGAUAUCAACACACAAACCAACUGGACUAAGUCGCUUCCACUGCCAACACCAGAAGAGAAGAUGAGACAGCAAGCACAGGCAGUCCAAACAGAUGUGGUUCCUAUUAAUGUGACUGGGGAGAAUUUCGACCGCCAAGCCAGCAUUCGGCGGUCUCUAAUUUACACAGACACGGUGGUAAGACGGCCGAAGAAAGUCAAAAGGAGAAAGACUAUAACAGGAAUCCCUGACAACAUACAAAAGGAGCUAGCAGUUGGCACUGGCCAAAGUGAUUUCCGAGGGCACUCGAUGUAUGUCCCAGAUCACAGUUCCACGCUAGGGCGACUUGACAGCUAUCGCUCUGCUAUGCAGCGGUCUGAAACCAAGGACACCAGCUGCCAAACUGAAGAAGUUAAAGUUGUGCCUCCUUCAAUGAGAAGAAUUCGAGCACAGAAAGGACAAGGCAUUGCAGCUCAGAUGUCUCAGUUCUCCAGCUCAUCUGGGAACAUGUCCGUGAUGAGUGAUUCUGCUGCAGUUAUAUUUGCUUCUCGCCAGAAUAGUGACAUAGGUUUCCACAGCUUGCCUCGGGCUGGUGCAAGAGUGUCUCUGCAGUCCUUAGAACAGACCCAGAGCAUCUCCAGACAGACUGAAGACAUUGCUGGCACUUUGCCCCACCAGAUAAGUAAACUGCAGGUGGAUGAUGAUGUUGUGCAUCUGAGAAAUAAUGCCACAACAGGAACUCUUGCAAGGCCAAAGUCUCAAGAGGUAAGAAGUUAUGACAGUGAAAAGUCUACUAGCCCAGCAUGUGUAGUCUCUCCUCAUGCCACCUACUCAACAAGUGUCAUACCCAACGCAACACUCUCAUCGUCCUCAGAAGUUAUUGCUAUUCACACUGCCCAGAGCACUGGAUCGCUGGAUAACAAAAUUAGCAGUUCUGCUGUGUACGCAAAGCCAAGAGACAAUCCUGUUGCCAACAAUGCAAUAAGUGGGAAAGAAGAUCACCAUUCUUCAAGCGGUAACUGGAGUGAGAGUAGCUCCACACGUCACUCACAGACUUCAGAUACUAUCCCAUCUAAUACUGUCAUGUUUCUUUCUCUUGGUGACUCUGCUGUCUCUCUCAGCACUCCUGGAAAUGUAGAGGCUGGUUCUCAGAGUGUGAACUACAGCUGUAGAAGCAAUCUUGCUUUACCAAACCAGUCCCAGGACAGCGAUGGUAGGAGUGAAUCUAGCUACUCAGGGGAGCGAAUGCAAGGUGCAGUGAGCAGCUCAGAGCACUGGCUAUACAAGUCUGCAGAAAAUAGUGAGACUGCGUCAUGCAAGGUAGCUUGUACCACACCAGGCUGUGCCACUCCUGGCAGCAACCUUAGCAGCAGCAGCCUGGAGAGGACAUCAGUCAAAGAAGAUUCUACUUCUCUGUACUCUGUAGACCAUGAUGGUUAUUACAGCUCUAUGAGCACGGACUCUGGACUGAAGUCAGGCACGCCAUGCUAUAGUACUAAUGGUUUUGGUAAUCCCAGAGACAGUGUGAUUAAUGUCUUUGAAUCAAAGGAGAAGAAACAUCAAGAUGACCAGCCAGGCCAAGGUGAAAAAUCCCUUGCAAGAAACAUCUCUCUAAAAAAGGCAAAGAAGCCGCCUUUACCACCAUCUAGAACAGACUCACUCAGAAGGAUACCCAAGAAAAAAGCUCAGUCCAAUGGACAGGUACUUGAUGAAACCCUCAUUGCCACCCUCCAGCAUUCUCUUCAGUUGAAUCUCAAAUGCAAAAAUGGCAGCUCCCCUUCCCAGAGCCCCUGCAGUGACUAUGAAGACCCCUGGGUGUUGCGCUCUCGCAGCCAAAGCUCAGUCAGUGCAAGCAGCAGCAUGAUGUCCACUACUGCCCCAAACCUGUACUCCAUUUGCACAGUCACGCCCUCUCAGAGUGAAACAAGCAGCAUCAAGUCGGAAUAUGCUGACCAGUGGGGUUACUACAGCGACUAUGCUGCAGUGGCAGAUGACCAGAUGAAGUCUCCAGUGACCCAUUCUACCAGUACCUCUUCUGCUCUCAGUGAUUACAGCAUCAGCCACUUCAGUGAUGGCUCAAGGGCUUCUAUACCACAAGUGCCCACUGGACUGGCCAAACCAAAGAGCACUUCUCCAGAGAAGACCCACCGAGUCACAUCACCAUCCAGUGGGUACUCCAGCCAGUCCAAUACACCCACUGCACUUACUCCAGUGCCUGUGUUUCUAAAACCUGCGUCAUCAGGAAAUGGGAAAUCCAAGCUGAAACCUAAAGUGCCUGAAAGGAAAUCUUCUCUUCUGUCUUCAGUCUCCAUUUCUUCAUCCUCCACUUCUCUUUCUUCAAAUACAUCUACUGAAGGGAGUGUGAGUGUGAAGAAAUUGGACCCCUCGAGCUCUCCUCCAGAUUCUGGUGCACCUCCACCUCCUCUUCCAGCACCUCCUCCACAUUGCCUUGAGCUCUCUCCUCCCUCUUCCCCUCCUCCUCCCCCAGCAGAAGCUGUGGAUCUAUCACCAUUGCCAGCUUCUCCCACAUUUCCCCCCCCUCCACCAGAAGCCGAUGUAAAUUCUUCCUUUGCUCACAGUGUCCAGUGGUUACCACAAGAAGCUUCCAUCGGUUCAUACUCUUCCCCUGUUCCUUCUCCUCCUAUUUUCCCUUUAGUUGUCCCACCACCAGCGCCACCUCUUGAUCCCAAACUGACAAAAGGUGCAAUGAUAUGCCCACAGUAUUCAUUUAAGAAACACGAUCAGGAAGAUUCUUGCUACAGUGCUGUGAAACAGCCAUUCAGCAAGCAAGAUGCAUCAAGACCUGUGAUGCCCUUAGUAACCACCAAAGCAUUGCAAAUGGUGCAGCUGAGGUCUAUCAAAAAAGCAACAGAAGGGGACCCAUCACCUGAAUCUGCUUCUGAAACCAUGUCUCAGGAAAAGAGUGUUGUAAGUUCAUCAUCACAGUCUUCCUUAAGGCCGUCUCUCUCACUAAGACUCAGUAACAGCUUAGGUGAAGAGGAGAUGAAGAUUCAUGGCAAUUCAUUAAAAAACUCACCUCAAACACUGGCUCAGAGUUCUCCUGUGAUGCUCUCUGACAAUAUACCCAAGCUUGAGAGCGAUCAAAAUUCUGCAGUUACCAUGGGUCUAAACAAGUCUUUGGAACCGGAUUCCCUAGGGUCAGCUCCAGAAGCCACACCUAAGUCGCCAGUGCGGAGCGAAGACUUCCAUUCUGGCAUCCCACUGCAGGGGUCACCAGCUUCUCCAGACAAGACUCAGGUCAUUUUGCCAAACAAGAAACCGCCUCCCAUUUCAAAAAAACCCAAACUGUUCCUUGUUGUACCACCUCCACAGUUAGAUCUCACAGUGGAGAAAAUAGCUGAAGUGAGUGAUACUGUCAGAUGCACAUCAAGCCCGACUAAGAGAGACGCUGUACUUACACACUGCGAGGAGGCGAGAAAUUGCUUUACAGAUGGACUCGGCUCCAGCAAGAUGGACUCUGGCAGCCUGGUUCCUGAGGGAGGAGCUGCCGGAGUCACCUUCUCUGAAGCAGUGGGAGCUGGUGCCUUUGUGGUACAGCCCGCUGCAUCAACAGUUCAAGAGGAGCCCAGGCAAGAGGAGCAGUCAGCUUUUGAUGAAGGAAGCAGCUCAGGCAGCAGCCAAGACAGCGGCAGUAACACUGAAGGACACCUGUCUCAGGAGAACGAAAGUGCCGAGGUGUUUGAGUCAGAAACAGCAAAUAGUUCAUUCCUGCCAAGCAAUAAUUAUGGGGAAGAGACAGACGGAGCGGCAACACCAGCGAGACCGAGGACUACUGAGGAUCUUUUCGCAGCCAUUCACAGAUCCAAAAGGAAAGUCCUUGGCCGUAAAGAUUCUGAGGACGAUCGUACCCGCAACCAUUCUCCUUCACCCCCCGUAACACCCACUGGUGCUUCCCCAACCUUAUCUACCCUCAAACAGGCAGGAUCUAUUCAGAGAAGCGUUCGCAAGAGCAGCACCAGCAAUGACAACUUCAAAGCCCUGCUGCUGAAGAAAGGGAGCCGCUGUGACACCAGUUCCCGCAUGUCAGCAGCAGAGAUGUUGAAGCACACGGAUCCACGGUUCCACCGAGCCAAGGUGGAUGCCUCUCCCGACCUUUCCGACAGCCCUGCCAGCUGCUCGCCCAGCAAGAGCAAACGGGCCCAAGAGGAGUGGGCCAAGAGUGAAGGCCUGAUGCCGAGGAGCAUGUCCCUCUCCAGCACUAGGUACGGCCGAUCACGAACACCACCCUCUGCUGCCAGCAGCAAGUACAAUGUUCGCAACCGCAUCCAGAGCAGCCCCAUGACUGUGAUUAGCGAAGGAGAUGGGGAAGUGGUGGAGCAGUCAGAGAGCAGGGCCCAGAGGACUUUGGAUGAGCAGCAAGAGAGGCAGCUUGAUGUAUUUAACAGUGAUGAAAUAGACAUGAGUGACUUUUCGUAUUCUGAGGAGCCAGUCUGCAAGGAGUCCUUGGAUCCGACUCAGCUGGACUUAAUGACUCAGCCGGGUACUUCAAGGAAGUACCUAAGUCCUUCAGCUGAAGAAAGUUAAGAGGCAGUGACAAAUGGCGUUGGAUAUUAGUCUAGAAAAUGACAAAGGACUAGAUUCCAGAAGAGAGCCCAGAUCAGGACAAGUUUACUUCGCUGAGCAUUUACUCCAUGAACUGCAUGUGUGUGUUUAAAUGCUGAAGCAACGGUAGUUCUGCAUGGUUGGGGUGGGGUGGGGAGGACUUGCUUUGAAUGAGUGGUCUGUGGCUUAAAGAAAGUAACAGCUGAAACUGUUGUGUGAAGCCUUAGAGGUCCUCUUGGGGGCGGGAGUAGGGGAGUUUUCUCAGAGCCUGUAGGGGUGUGAAGUUUUUCUUUUUCUUGAGACUGCAUUUGUGCAAGUAAAAUUUAAAAAUAAGCCUGCUAAAGAGGAAGAGGAAGGCCUCUGUGGUACAAGCUGGACAUUUGCUUGAAAAGCAUUGUUAGUGCAGUGUAGUGCAUUUGUUAAGCAGAGAGGUAGGAUGAGGAUCCUGUGGAAGAUAGUAGGGUUGGUGCUGGGGCCACGUGGCUUCUUAUCCAGGUAUGCCCCAGCAUUAGAUGAAGUGCGUCCUGCUAAUGCCAGUAGGUCACCAGGUUAUGAAUUGGUCCAGGGUACUUUGUUUUUUCCUGAGGGAAAAUGGAACACAAGUUGACAUAGACAAGGGAGCCAAGUUUUUUAACUCUGUACUGGCUGCUAUGCAGCCUCACACAUACACUUGGGAAAACACUCAUUUCCAAGUGAACUGCUUCCUUGGUCGGAGUAUUCCCUUAGAGAACUGGAACAACUGGAUACGUGCAGAGGAUGUGAGCAGACAAGGGAAGUGGGAGAGGAAUUAAGCAGUAUACUGCCGGAGUUUGGAACGGUUAAGCUUCUGAAUUCUAAAAUAGAAUUUGAGAACUUGCACUACAGAUCUGUAGGUGAAGCCUAUCUUUCCAAAUUGAAACUUGGGAGUUACGUUUUGCUAGAAGUCUUUCUUCCAUUUGUCAAAAUGGAAGAGUUACUACUUUUCAUCACUUGAAAUAUGGAUACUUGCUAACUUUUGGUUACCAAAGAAUAAGUUACAGUUACUUUCCUUUUUGAUUUGCCUGCAGUAUUUCUUUCCUUUUUUUAACCUUAAUAAUUUAGUGAAGUUCGUUUUUAUUGUAUAUUUUACAGAUAAUAAAAACAUUUAACGGUUUUCCAAUUGUAAAGAAGACCAUUAAUUGAAACUGAAAUAUUGGCUGGAGUUUUUGGUUCUUAGUAGGAGUUAAGGUUUUAAUUUGUAAGAAGAAUUUUGCAUCGUUUGAUGGCGUGAGCAGUUUUGUAUUGUUUGUAAAUAUUGAAAGUUGUUAAAAUAUCUUUUAAUCUCCCUACUGUAGAAUUUAUACAUUUUUAGAUUGCUUUUAAAAAGAAAAAGCACUCUUUGUAGAUUAUUUAUUUUAGAGAAAUAUGCUUGUAAUCUCUUUCUUCAUUCCUUUACUUGUUAGUAAUGUAAAUUUCAGGGGCCUUUGUUUAACUCUUCCCUUCUCAAGAGGGGAAUAGUGAUGAAAAUGCUGUGACUUUGCUUCAAUAAAGAAGGCGGCUGCCAGUUGC